GUACGUGACGUCAUCACGUUUCGAAUGAAUGAAGCGUCAUCUUUUCUCGACUGCAGUAGAGCGGCGCGGCGGCCUUUCUCUCCCUCCUGCUCCACUCCCGUCGCCCCUAAAAAAAGCGGACGCUCUUCGGACGGAACACUGUAAGCCAUGGCGAGAAGGAGCCUCCUCGGAGUGCUGCUGUGUGUGGCGGUGGCGCGGUGCUCGGCGGCCGUGGCGGGCAUGUUGGUGAACGACGACGUCAAGAGGACGGUGGACCUGAGCACGCAUUUAGCUAAGAUCACAGCGGAAAUCACCCUGGCCAACCACGGACGCUACGCCGCCCAAAGCUUCAUCAUAGCCGUGGAACCUGAGCUUGUUCAGCACCUGGCUUACGUGGGAGCCUCGGCCAGUAGUGAUGAUGAAGAUGAGGACAGCGCACUUAAAAUCCAGGAAACAAAAAUUACUGGCUUAAACGAGGAGUUGUAUCAAGUAACUCUGCCCUCCAAGUUGCCCGUGGGCGAUCAGAUGAAAGUGAAGGUGGAGAUGACCUUCAGCCACGUGCUCCGGCCCUUCCCCUCGCAGAUCACCCAGGCCGAGCGCCAGCUGGUCGUCUUCCAAGGCAACCACUACUUUUACACGCCUUACCCCACCCGCAGUCAGACCACGCGCGUCCGCCUGCCGUCCAAAACGGUGGAGAGCUACACCAAGUUGGGCAACCCCAGCAAGACGGAUGAGGUCAUCGAGUACGGGCCGUUCAGUGACGUGGACGCCUUCAGCCAGGAUACUAUGAAGAUCCACUUUGAGAACAACACUCCCUUCCUCACAGUCAGCAGCAUCACUCGCAUCAUCGAGGUCUCUCACUGGGGCAACAUCGCUGUGGAGGAGACCGUCGAUCUGAGGCACACUGGAGCUGUGCUCAAGGGCCCAUUUUCCCGCUACGAUUACCAGCGUCAGUCCGACAGCGGCAUCUCGUCUGUGAAGUCCUUCAAGACGAUCCUUCCCGCGUCCGCUCAAGAUGUUUACUACAGGGACGAGAUUGGGAACAUCUCCACCUCCCACCUGCAGGUUCUGGACGACUCAGUGGAGGUUGAGGUCAGGCCUCGCUUCCCUUUGUUUGGAGGCUGGAAGACGCACUACAUCAUUGGGUACAACUUGCCCAGCUACGAGUAUCUCCACACUCUUGGCGACAAUUAUGCACUGAAGAUGAGACUGAUUGACCACGUCUAUGACGACCAGGUGAUAGACUCCAUGACUGUGAAGAUCAUCCUGCCCGAAGGAGCCAAAAACAUCCAAAUGGACACCCCAUAUAACAUUGACCGCAUGCCGGACCAGCUGCACUACACAUACCUGGAUACCUUUGGCCGCCCGGUGCUGGUCGCCACCAAGAACAACCUGGUGGAGCAGCACAUUCAGGACGUGGUGGUUUAUUACAACUUCAAUAAAAUCCUGAUGCUGCAGGAGCCUCUGUUGGUUGUCGGUGCCUUCUACAUUCUCUUCUUCACGGUCAUCAUCUACGUUCGCCUGGACUUUGCCAUCACAAAGGACCCUGCAGCUGAGGUGCGAAUGAAGGUGGCCUCCAUCACCGAGCAGGCGCUCACCCUGGUCAACAAGCGUCUGGGUCUGUACCGACACAUGGACGAGGUGGUCAACCGCUACAAACAAUCCCGUGACACGGGAGCGCUCAACAGCGGCCGGAAGACCCUGGAGGCCGAUCACCGCGCUCUCACCAACGAGAUCAGCUCACUGCAGGCUCGCCUUAAGACCGAAGGCUCCGACUUGGCGGAUAAGGUCGGGGAGGUGCAGAAGCUGGACGGCCAGGUGAAAGACCUGGUGUGCCGAGCCGGCCAGGAGGCGGAGCGACUGGUGGCGGGCAAGGUGAAGAAGGAGGCCUACAUCGAGGGUGACAAGAACCUGGCCAGCAAGAGACUGGAGCUCAUCGGUCGUAUCGACAGUCUGCUGGACGCUCUUUAAAGCACGUAACGCUCGCCACGCACCAACAUUAUCAUGUGUAUGUAUGACCACCCAAAUAAAUGUGACACAUGCUUUUUUUUUUCUUUUUUUUACAUCAUGUAUAGCCAGUAAUAGUCAUCUCGUGGUCACAAUGAGUUUAUCCAAACACUCGUGCCUUGUGAUAAACUGGAUCACUCUUCUUGGCUCGGUCACAUUUUCACCUUUAUAUCCCAGCCUUUGUUUUUUUUUACGGGUUUAAGUUUUCACAACUCUGGAAUAUGAUUAAAGUAAACUGAAAGUG